GUUUGAUGUGGUGCUACUCGACAAUGGAGAGGUAUGGCCUACCUGAACCUCAUUGCCAUAUCCAAUCAAGCCGCAUGUGGAUAAUGUCACGAUGACUGUUCGUGCUGUUGGAACACCUCAUCCGUCCACUCGAUGGGACAUGUUUAUGCACGGCGAUGGGAGUCCACCGCAGUUGGUGUGGGCAUUUUACUAUCUCCUCGAACGGUUUGUCCGGUCUGGGCCUUUACUACCAGAGUAUAAUGAUGCUAUUCGUUAUCGUAACAUGUCAAUCAAGAACGUCAUCAUCAACUGUGUCUCCCCGGAAGAUCCUACAACCAUGACUACCUUGUCCAAGUUUCGUGAUUGGAUAAGAGAGAACGAGGACGAAUACCCAUCUUAUCCUCUGACACCACCUGAGAUUCCCAGUAUCAUGCGUCCAGAGUGGUUGGCACAUUUCCUGUAUAGUGGCGUGCAGACUUUGCGGGGGCCGCGUCCGGAUGGCUAUCAGGAACUCUUCUACAAACAUGUUGGGAAUAUUCAUUUCUGUGUCGAUGGAAAACUGCUCUGGGGGUGUCCUCUUGGCAGUGAAAGGAGGUGUGAGAGAGGGAAUUGAGGAGAAUAUACCCAGUGAAUGGAAAGGUCAAAACUAAUAUAGCACCAGGAAUUUGGCAAUGGUGGAUAAUCGUUCAUAAUGGUUCUUUACCUGCGACA